AUGGCCAUCGUUGCAGCAGCAAAAGUACCAGUACUUGAUAUCAGGGUCGGUGCUACGGAGUUUGACAUAUUGAAAGAUAUCAAGGCGGGUUUGAGACCCAAUGAUGGUGGGGAGAAAAAGCUCCCUACUUUGCUCCUAUAUGAUGAGGCUGGUCUCCGUCUUUUCGAGAAGAUAACAUAUUUGGACGAGUACUAUCUCACGAAUGCAGAGAUUGAGGUUCUCGAGGCAAAUGCAGACCGCAUUGCUCAGCAUAUCGAACCUGGAUCUGUGGUGCUAGAACUUGGCAGCGGCAAUCUUCGAAAAGUGAACAUUUUACUCCAGUCAAUCGACCGUGCUGGAAAGGAUGUCGAAUAUUACGCCGUUGACUUAUCUCUACCAGAGCUCGAACGAACAUUUGCGGAGAUCCCCACUGCGGGUUACAAUCAUGUCAAAUGCUUUGGUCUUUAUGGAACGUAUGAUCAUGCCUUGGAGUGGCUCAGGUCCAAAGAGAUUCGCGGCAAACCCAAGCACAUCCUUUGGCUUGGAUCAAGCUUGGGAAAUUUCAAACGACACGAGCUUCCCGAAUUUCUCGCUGGAUUCAGGGACGCUAUCCAGCCUGGAGACACAAUGUUGAUUGGCGUUGACUCAUGUAAGGACCCUAGUCGCGUUUAUCAUGCAUACAACGACAAGGAAGACGUCACACAUCAAUUCAUUCUUAACGGGUUGAAGCAUGCCAGCCGAAUUAUGGACGGCCCCGGAUUUGAAAUCGAGGAUUGGGAGGUCAUUGGCGAAUAUGAUCAAAAAGCUGGCCGCCAUCAUGCUUUUGUGUCCCCGAAGAAAAAUAUUGUUAUCGAUGAUGUUUUGCUCAAACAAGGCGAGCGUAUCCGUAUUGAAGAAAGUUACAAAUUCUCCAAGGAAGAACUGGUACAACUGUGGGACCAAGCAGCAAUGGUUGAAAACACUGCCUGGAUGAACGCUCGGGGAGACUACGGUCUUCACUUGAUUUCCAAGCCUCAGGUGUGUUUCCCUUCAGGUCCGGCUGAUUACGCUACCCGCCCAGUUCCAUCGAUGCAGGAUUGGGAACAACUAUGGGCAGCCUGGGAUGCUGUAACUCGCACCAUGAUCCCGGAAGAAGAACUGUCCUCGAAGCCGAUCAAACUACGAAAUACUUGCAUCUUCUAUCUCGGACAUAUUCCCACCUUCCUUGACAUCCAUCUAUCACGGGGUACAGACGAAGAGCCCACUGAGCCAAGGGAUUUUCGAAGGAUUUUCGAACGAGGAAUCGACCCCGAUGUAGAUAACCCAGAACAGUGCCAUUCGCAUAGUGAAAUCCCCGACGAAUGGCCGCCGUUGGAAGCCAUACUAAAGUUCCAAAGCGAGGUUCGCCGAAGGACAGAGGAACUGUACUCAUCCGGCGCUGCGUACAGUGACAAACGAGUCUCUCGCGCUCUAUGGAUUGGCAUGGAGCACGAAGCCAUGCAUCUCGAGACUCUGUUGUAUAUGCUCAUUCAGAGCGAAAGAGUCUUGGCUCCUCCAGGCACCGUCAAACCAGACUUCGAAGCUCUCGCUAAGCAAUCGAAGAAAUUGGUGGUUGAGAACAAAUGGUUCGAUAUUCCUGCAACUGAACUCACCAUCGGACUGGAUGAUCCAGAUGGCCCGUCAGGUCCAGACCGAUACUUCGGAUGGGAUAAUGAAAAGCCACCACGCGUCGUCAGAGCCGAGGCCUUCCAGGCGAAAGCACGACCGAUCACCAACGGCGAGUACGCAGAAUACCUGAACCAAACUGCCAAGACCAAAAUUCCUGCGUCAUGGUGUGACUUCCAUUACACUACCACUGGACAAGUCGAAAAGAUCAAACGCGACAGUGUUGUGAAUGGUACCAAUGGUUUCGAUGGCGACAUCGCGCAUGGUAAAUAUGUGCGCACGGUUUAUGGAUCGGUUCCCCUAGAGUAUGCCCUGAACUGGCCUGUUGUUGCGUCGUACGAUGAACUAGCUGGUUGUGCUCAGUGGAUGGGCGGUCGCAUCCCUACUUUGGAAGAAGCCCGUAGCAUCUACAAUUAUGUCGAACGCACGAAGUUUAAGGACAUCGAGAACGAACUUGGCAAGACGAUUCCGGCGGUCAAUAGUCACCUCGUGAAUGAUGGCGUACAAGAGACACCACCAUCACGAGCUGCAAUCAACGGCUUUUCCAAGGCAGCGCCUGGACCUGAUCCACAUAGCCUGUUCAUCGAUCUGGAACAAGCCAACGUGGGUUUCAAACACUGGCACCCAGUCUCAGUCGCAGAGAAGGGCGGACAGCUCUGCGGCCAAUCGGACUUGGGUGGGGUUUGGGAAUGGACCAGCACUGUCUUGGAAAAGCAUGAGGGCUUCGAGCCCAUGGAGCUGUAUCCUUUGUACACAGCGGACUUUUUCGACGGCAAGCAUAAUAUCACUCUAGGUGGAUCGUGGGCAACGCACCCUCGCCUCGCAGGCCGGAAGACCUUUGUGAAUUGGUAUCAGCGCAACUAUCCCUACGUCUGGGCUGGUGCUCGCGUUGUACGGGAUGCUCAGUUGAAUUAG